UAAUACAUUUUAUUUAGAAGGCGCCUUUCUUGGCACUUAAGGACACCAUACAAAAAAGAUAGAAAAAAGAAACAACAAUAAUAUACACAAAAUUCAGAACAAUACAACAGAUAGGACAGGGCAAUGUCAUCAGAGGGAAUAGGCAGUUUUAAACAGAUGUGUUUUGAGUUGUGAUUUGAAAUGGGGGAGAUCACAAUAUCUGAAUCAACCAAAUUAAAGUAAAAGGAAAUACUGUGACAAAAAAGCCAGCAUGUGGCAUCAGGAAAAACACUUUUCCACAUUAGUUUCACAUAUAUCUGGGCUACAUAUACAGUUAAUAACAGAGUUAUUGUCAUUACUGUAUGCAUAAUUAUUAAUUAUUGUCUUUUUUUCCCCCUCAAGAACUCCAACUCCAGGUCAUGUUUUAAUAGAGGCUCAGGCUGUACUUAUACUGCUUUGUAUUCCUGCCCCUCCUGCAGCUCCAAUCAAAAGGAUUCAUUUAGAAUAACUUAUUCUCACAUGGUUAUCAUGAUGAGGCAUUAUUCAGAUAAAGUCUAUUUGGUAGAAGACUGUAUAUUGGAUGUUAAUUUUAUUUUCAUUCAUCCCCCAUCUUUAUAAAAAACAUUACAUAGGUUUAGUUUCACUUUCACUGUGUGCAGCCAUAAUUGGGUGGGGUUUAGCAUCAAUAAAUACAGGGUCAUUCCGAGAGAGCUGCAGCAGACACACUCAGUCCUCAGCUAAAGUAUCUGCUUCAUACUCUUUAACUCCAACAUGGACAACUUCGGACAUAACGUUCAAAACGACAACGAGCUGAGGAUAGUGAUGGUGGGGAAGACUGGAAAUGGGAAGAGUGCCACUGGAAACACCAUUCUGGGACGAAAGUGUUUCGUAUCAAAGUGCAGUGCAAGGUCUGAGACUGUAGAGUGUUCCAAAGGAAAAAGUGAUGUGGGUGGGCAACAGGUUGCUGUUAUUGACACCCCGGGCCUGUGUGACACCAGGUUUGGCGAAGAGAAAACUGCUAAAGAUCUAGCUCAGUGUGUCUCUUACGCUGCUCCUGGUCCCCAUGUAUUUCUGGUGGUCAUCAAGGUGGGCAGAUUCACUGAAGAGGAAAAGCAAUCAGUGCAAAAGAUUCAAGAAAUCUUUGGCCAGGCUGCAGACAGAUACAGCAUGGUUCUCUUCACUCAUGGGGACAGUCUUGACGACACUAUUGAGGAGUUCAUUGAUGAAGAUCCAGCCCUGAAAGAGCUUGUUUCCAAAUGUAAUGACCAAUACCAUGUAUUCAAAAAUAAGACGAAGGAUCCCUCUCAGGUCACUGAGCUGCUCCAGAGGAUCAGAGAUAUAACCCAGAAGAACGGAGGAAGCCACUACACCAACGAGAUGUUCCAAGAGGCCGAGAGGAAAAUCCAAGAGGAGAAACAACGCAUCCUGAAAGAGAAAGAAGAGGAAAUACGCAAAGAAAGAGAGGAGAUAGAGAGAGUAGCACAAGAAAAAUAUCAAAUACAGAUGAAUCUAAUUAAUGCACAAUUCCAGGCUGAGAGAGAGAGGGAGAAGAAAGAGAGACAGGAGGAGAGGAAGAUGUUGAAAGAGGAGAUGAAUGAGGAGAGAAGGAGGGAGAAAGAAGAGAGAGCAGCAGAGAGACAGAGAGAAAGAGAGGAUAGAUACAGGGAGAUUGAAAAUAUGAGAAACACAUUAAAUGAAAAUCAUGAGAGAGAAACGAUAGAAGAGCUACGUAGAAUGAGAGAACAAAAUGACCAAAUGGCGAGAAAGCUAAGUGAAAAAUCGAAUCAAUUUAUUCCUCCUCCUCAACCUCCUCAUUUAGUUUGUGUGAUCUCAUAGGCUAAUCUGAUCAGAGAAACUUCUCUUCAUUGUUCAUAACCUUAAUGGAAUCACCAGAAAAGUUAAUCAGUUUCCUGAUUGAGGAAUUCUAAUCAUGUGUUUAAGUUGUAGGUCUUAAAACUAUUAAGUGAAUUGAUAAUAUCACAACAUCCACCCGUCAACCAGCCUCCAGCUUUUAGCAGCAAAGGGCUAGGAUUCAUUAGUAAGCCAGCUAGCAAGAGCAGCAGCAACAAUUUAAAUCAGUAAGUGCUUGCAGUAGUAACUAGUCCACAGCUGAGUUCUGUGAUGCUAUGUAGACAACAUUUAUAGUGGAUUUUAGCCAGGUCACCACAGCUGUGUGGAACCUUUUUUGUGGUGUAUAGAGUUCUAUUUCCUUCAUUUCUUUUUGCUCUGUUGUUGUUAUAUUUUCUGUCUCUACAAUUAUAACUAUGGGCCAGUUUAAAACUAUGACAACCAAUAACUCUGCCUUUCACUGUAACUGUUUUUAAUGUUUUUGCAUGUGUUUUGUGCUGUUUUGUGUGGUUCUCUGUACUCUCAACAUUACUGUAAAUGAGGGGUUGCCCUCAAUGAUUCCUCGGGAAAAUAAAUAAAGGAUAAAUGAAAAAUG